UAGAGAUUAGUGAUGUCGGUAGCCACUCAGAGGACCAUGCAUUGCUUGAAAAUAUUACGUGUGACUAACUCGGCAGCCGAGUGUCUGCUAAAAGACGCAUCUAAAAGAUUUCGGUUUGGUAAAUACAACUGCGGUUUAGUAAACUGUCAUAACGUUCAACCUUCACAAUUCUUCAACACAAGCACAACAAGUCGGCAUCAGCGGACUCCUACAGAUAUUGAUCAUGCGCAAGUCAAAAUGAGUAUGAGCAGAAAGGGCUUGUUCUCCGGAGUGGAGGACAUGCUUUUCUACACCAUAACCGAGGGACAGGAGCAGGUCCCUGUUUCUCACUUCAUCUCUGCCUUGAGAAGCACUGGUCUGCUGACCUCUGACCCCCGCCUGAAGGACUGUAUGAACAAGCUGCGUCAUGUGGUCAGGGAUUCUGUGGGUGAUGUCAUGAUGGACCGGAAGCUCUUCCACAGAUGUGUGGGAGGAAACAUCGUUCUGCUGAUCCAAGCCUUCAGGAAGAAGUUCAUCAUCCCAGAGUUUGAUGCUUUCGCCUCCAAGAUCAACCAGAUCUACGACAGGGUCCAGAAGCAGACUGAGGGCCAUGUAGCUGACUACAUUCCCCAUCUGGCUAAGUUUAGCCCUGACCUCUGGGGCGUGUCUCUGUGUACCGUGGAUGGACAGAGACACUCCGUGGGGGACACCAAGAUGCCGUUCUGCCUGCAGUCGUGUGUGAAGCCCCUGGAGUAUGCCAUCGCCGUGCACGAGGCCGGCACUGAGAAGGUGCACAGCUACGUUGGCAUGGAGCCCAGCGGUCUUAAGUUCAACAAGCUCUCCCUCGACGAGGAAGAUAAACCUCACAACCCAAUGGUGAAUGCUGGAGCCAUCGUCAUCAGCUCUCUGAUCAAGCCUGGUUCUAACAAGGCAGAGAAGUUUGACUAUGUGAUGGACUUUGUGAAGAAGAUGGCCGGCAGAGAGUACGUGGGCUUCAGCAAUGCCACGUUCCAGUCCGAAAAGGAAACGGGCGACAGAAACUUUGCCAUUGGAUACUACCUCAAAGAGAAGAAGUGUUUUCCUGGUGGGGCAGACAUGAUUGAUGCUCUGGACUUCUACUUCCAGCUGUGCUCCAUCGAUGUGACCUGCGAGUCUGGGAGUGUCAUGGCCGCCACUCUGGCCAACGGCGGCAUCUGCCCAAUCACAGGCGAGCAUGUGCUGAGUGCGGAGGCUGUGAGGAACACGCUGAGCCUCAUGCACUCCUGUGGCAUGUAUGACUUCUCUGGACAGAUGGCCUUCCACGUGGGCUUGCCUGCUAAGUCGGGGGUUUCCGGGGCAGUGUUGCUGGUGGUUCCCAACGUCAUGGGAGUGAUGUGUUGGUCUCCUCCGCUGGACAGGGUCGGAAAUAGUGUUCGAGGCAUCGACUUCUGCCAGGAGCUGGUGUCGUUGUUCAACUUCCACAACUAUGACAACCUGAGGCACUUUGUCAAGAAGCAGGAUCCUCGCAGACAGGAUGGGGAUGACAGGAACAAGUCUGUGGUCAACCUGAUGUUUGCGGCCUACAGCGGAGAUGUGUCUGCCCUGAGGAGGUUUGCCUUGUCAUCGAUGGAAAUGGAUCUGAAGGACUAUGACUCUAGAACAGCCCUUCAUGUUGCUGCAGCUGAGGGUCACAUUGAAGUGGUCCGGUUUUUGACAGCUGCUUGCAAAGUGAACCCUUUCGUGAAAGACAGGUGGGGGAGCCUGCCUGUGGAUGAUGCCAUGCAGUUUGGCAACGAGGAGGUGGUGAAACUCCUCCAGGAGUACCAGCAGCUCUGCAAGCAGACAAACAUCCAGCAGGAGCCAGAGGAACCCCCUAAGCUGGAGACAGUGGAGGGCAUGGUGUGACCCUCUGCCUGGACUGGACAGAAAUAUUUUACAAAUACUCGGAAUAGCAAACAAUCCCACAAUAUCAUAGGAUUACUGGUACUCUG